UUUUUUUUUGCUUUUCCUGCCAAGUGAUCGAUGAGCGAGUCGGGGUUGGGCACAGGCAGCGACAGCAACCCAACGUCAGCACCGCUGACCGCUCCCGCCAAGACCAACCUCACUGCGCAUCAUCACGAUCGACAGCACCACGAGAACGGCCACAGCAAUGGAAGCGGCGCCGACAGUCAUGCUGCUGCUGCUGCGGGACAGCCUGACGCAGGAGAGGACUCUGACAACGCUCAGUCCUCCUCCUUCCUGAAUGGUGCUGCUGCUGCUGCUGCGACGCCAACCAUCACGACGCCGACGACGAGCACAGCAGCGAAUGCGACGAAUGCGACGGCGGGUGCGCAAGUGGCUCCCGCGGUUGGCUCACAGCCGUACCAGCCGAGUUCCUCCAACUCCAAUGCAAGUAGCAAUGAGCAAAGUCACAUACUGCGCGUCACCGUGUAUGGAGCGACCAAUCUGGCCAAGCGAGACUUUUUCGGGGCUGCCGACGCGUACUGCAAGCUGUGGAUUGACAAUGGCGUGCAAGAGAAGACCACCUCCGUCCAGAGACGCACGCUGUCUCCACAAUGGGAGGAGCAAUUCUACUUUCAUGUCGUGCCAGCUCGCUCGGUGCUGCACUUGCACGUGUUUGACAAGCAUACCAUCACUCGAGACGACUUUCUCGGCAUGAUUGAAAUCCCGCUCGUCUCGUUUCCCGUCAUUGGCAAUCAGAGCACCAAUCCUCAGGCGGACAGACUGCUUUCGUACACGCUUCGGCCGCGCACAAGCAAGACCAAGGUCAAAGGAGAGCUGUCUGUGCGUUUGUGCUACCUGCUCAACAUGCCACAAGGCGCCUUUCUUGCCGUUCCUGGAGGUACGCAGCGCGUUCGGAGUUCCAGCGCGUCGUCUGCGUCGGAUAUCGCGUCGUCCAGCGCGGCAUCUGCAGCAGCAGCCGAGGCACACAACCAGCCACUACCCGAGGGCUGGGAGGUGCGGGAGGACCCCACUGGCCGCACCUACUAUGUCGACAAUGUGUCUCGGUCUGUCGUGUUUGAAAAGCCGACGCUAGACUCGUCCCGAAUUUUGCGCGAAAACGUGCCGCUUCAGCGCCAGUCUACGUUCGAGCGCUUCCGCUCUCGUAUGCAUUUAAUGGAUGUGUCUCGAACGCCUGACAACACUGGGAGCCCUUCCGCGUCCCCCCGAUCGCGAUCGCCGAGCACCAACGCCGCGCCACAAACAACAACAACAACAACACAGACAACGACACAGAACACGGCCUUGUUUGGUGGUGUGCAAUACGGUAGCGGCCCGUUGCCUGACGGCUGGGAAAUGAAGUCUACCGCCAGCGGGCGCCCAUUCUUUGUCGAUCACAACACCCAGAAGACAACGUGGGAUGACCCUCGGUUACGUGCUGGCCAGACAUUACAGACCGCGCCGUCCACCCUCACCGUACCGCAAGCCGCCUCUCCGGACACCGAUGGAGACAAGCUUUCCGCGGAGGCUCUUGCAGCAAUACAACAGCAGCCACUACCGCCAGGUUGGGAGAUGCGCCGCAACAAGGAGGGCCGGGCAUUUUUUGUCGAUCACGCAAGCAAGCUCACUCAAUGGACCGAUCCGCGUCUUCCCGUCGCCAAGAAGCCCAAGUCCAAAACGCCAGGCUACUCGCGCACUUAUCGACAAAAAGUUGCUGCCUUCCGUGCAGGGCUUGUCACCACAGAAGGGGUGUGCGAGCUGCACGUCACUCGUGAGCACGUACUGGAAAACUCUUUCGAGCAGUUGAUGGGCAGCGCGCCCAACGUGCUGCGAUCUCGGCUUUGGAUUGCUUUUGAAGGAGAGAAGGGUCUUGAUUUUGGCGGUGUCGCGCGAGAAUGGUUUUACUUGGUGUCGCACGAGCUUUUCAAUCCAUACUAUGGCCUGUUUGUUUACAGCGCAACAGAUAACUAUACACUGCAGAUCAAUCCCAAUUCUGGCGUGAAUCCCGAUCACUUGCAAUAUUUCCGAUUUGCAGGUCGGCUUGUGGGCAUGGCAGUUCACAAUGGCAAACUGGUGGAUGCCUUCUUUAUUACGCCGUUCUACAAGAUGAUGCUUGGCAAGCACCUGUCGUUGGACGACAUGGCCAGCGUCGAUGCCGAUUACCAUCGAAGCUUGCUGUGGAUUUUGGACAAUGACAUUACCGAUACUCUGGACCUCACUUUCAGCGAUGAACACGAGGUGUUUGGCGAGCGUGUUAUGGUGGAACUGAAGCCCGGAGGUGCGAAUAUUCCCGUCACCGAGGCAAACAAGUCGGAAUACGUCAACUUGCUGGCGUCUUGGCGACUCUCGCGUGGUAUCGAGGAGCAGAUGAAGUCGUUCAUGACUGGGUUUAACGAAAUUAUCUCCGAGGAGUCAAUUCGAAUGUUUGACGAGAAGGAAUUGGAGUUUUUGACGGGCGGAAUUGGCGAGAUUGAUGUUGAGGACUGGAAAGCACACACGCAGUAUCUCAACGGCUAUCAUUCCCAACAUUAUGUCGUGAUCUGGUUCUGGAAGGUGGUGGACUCGUUUGAUAACGAAAUGCGAGCGAGAUUGCUUCAAUUUGUAACGGGCACUUCGCGAGUGCCAAUGAAUGGCUUCCGCGAGCUGUAUGGCAGCGAUGGUCCUCGUCAGUUUGCCAUCGAAAAGUGGGGUCGACCCGAUCAACUUCCUCGAUCGCACACUUGCUUCAACCGACUCGAUCUCCCAUUGUACACUGACUUCCACCAACUGCGAGAAAAGCUUAUGAUUGCGAUUGAAAGUACAGCUGGUUUUGACAACGAGUAAAGAAACUACUGUACGGCAGGCGUCCACAAUACUGUCGCAUUUCUCCUUGUCCAACAGUAACACGAGUAAAGCGCAGCAAUCCACUUGACGCACCAAAAGAAGAACAUGAAUGUGCCUAAAAUUCCUAGUAUUGUACAUGCUAAUUUCUCAAAAAAUUCACUAAACAGCUGCCGCC